AGCGACCUCUAACGGUGCUCUAAGGAUGUGCCGAGCUUGAAUAUCUAUCGUAGUCGGUUCCGAGAGCCAUAUGCGUCCAAAAGCGAGGCUUAAAAAUCAAUGGGAACUUAACCGGGUGGUCUGCCAAGAGUUCGGACGUACCAGCGACUAAAAAGAGCCCCACUAAGCGACUGCUGUCCCCGGUACCGGACACCUUGUCAACUCCGUUGGGCACAAAUGGACGUGAAAGACACAGCCCCGGAUUCGUGGGAGCUGGAGGAGGAUGCCGAGGCCCCGGCUGUCGCGGCAGAACUCCCGACCGCCUUUGCCGCUCUCAACGUUAACGCCAAGCCGUUCGUCCCCAACGUUAACGCCCCGGUGUUUGUACCAAGCUUCCUCCAGGCCAGCGCGGGGGAUACGACCGCUCUUUACGGUGCCUCUGAUGCAGUCGCCAGCAUGGAGGUGACGGAAACAGCUGCUCCAGUGGAGAACGGAAGUACGGAGGCGGACAUGACCACUGAGGAGGAGACGUGGGAGCAGAAGGAGGAGCCGGGAGGAGACGGGGGAGGCGGCGGACAGGAGGACCACGGGGAUGCCUGUGAGGAAGGCAGCGCACAGAAGGAGGACGAGGAGAUGAUGGAGGAGGAAGAUGAGGACAUGCUGAAGCCCAAAGUGGUCCAGUCACCACCAGAUGCCCCCAAGAAAGAGCAUGUUAACGUGGUGUUCAUAGGUCAUGUGGAUGCUGGAAAAUCAACUAUAGGGGGUCAAAUCAUGUACUUGACUGGUAUGGUGGACAAGCGGACUCUUGAGAAAUAUGAAAGGGAAGCCAAGGAGAAGAACAGGGAGACUUGGUACCUGUCGUGGGCUCUAGACACAAACCAGGAGGAGCGAGACAAAGGCAAAACGGUGGAAGUGGGAAGAGCUUAUUUUGAGACCGAGAAGAAACAUUUCACCAUCCUUGACGCCCCAGGACACAAGAGCUUCGUCCCAAACAUGAUUGGAGGUGCGUCACAAGCUGACCUGGCUGUCCUGGUAAUAUCGGCCCGAAAGGGAGAGUUUGAGACUGGCUUUGAGAAGGGGGGCCAGACUCGGGAGCAUGCCAUGCUAGCUAAAACUGCUGGAGUCAAACAUCUGAUAGUCCUAGUCAACAAAAUGGAUGACCCAACUGUAAAUUGGAGUCUAGAAAGGUAUGAGGAGUGUAAGGAGAAGUUGGUGCCGUUCCUUAAAAAGGUCGGCUUCAACCCGAAAAAGGACAUCCAUUUCAUGCCUUGUUCAGGACUCACAGGUGCCAACCUCAAGGACCCAGUACCCGAAUGUCCGUGGUACAUUGGUCUGCCGUUUAUCUCCCACUUGGACAGUUUGCCAAACUUCACCAGAUCCAGCGACGGACCAGUCAGACUACCGAUUGUUGACAAGUACAAGGACAUGGGCACAGUGAUUUUGGGGAAACUGGAGUCUGGAUCCAUUAGUAAGGCCCAGCAGCUGGUCAUGAUGCCCAACAGGCACACCGUGGAAGUGCUGAGUCUUCUCAGCGACGAUGUGGAGACGGAUGAUGCUAGUCCUGGAGAAAAUCUCAAGUUGAGGCUCAAGGGCAUUGAGGAAGAGGAGAUUCUGCCAGGUUUUAUCCUCUGCAGCCCUGACAACCUCUGCCAUUCUGGACGCACCUUUGAUGCCCAGAUUGUCAUCAUCGAGCACAAAUCGAUUAUCUGUCCUGGUUACAAUGCAGUUCUCCACAUCCACACCUGCAUUGAGGAGGUGCAGAUCACAGCCUUAAUUUGCCUGGUGGACAAGAAGACGGGGGAAAAGAGCAAUAUGAGACCCCGUUUUGUGAAGCAGGACCAGGUCUGUAUCGCCAGACUGCGGGCAGCAGGUGUGAUCUGCUUGGAGACCUUUAAAGACUUUCCUCAGAUGGGACGAUUCACACUGCGAGAUGAAGGAAAAACCAUUGCCAUUGGAAAAGUGCUGAAGCUGGUGCCAGAGAAGGACUAGAAUGCAAUGGUGGCAGAAUGCAUGAGGUUCUUCCGCUGGACAGGAGGAGAAACGCUGCGAGAGCUGACCCCAACAACUCUCCACACUCAUAACUAUGCUGAAGAGAAGAGGAACAAAGGAGAAUAAAUGGCAUUUUAAUGAUAAUAAUAAUGAUGAUGAUAAUAAUAAUAACAAUAAGACUGAAUCAGUUUUUAAUGACGAACUAUAUGAAAGGAGAGACCAAGUCCAGUGUGUCAGCUUUCUCAUAUUGAGAGCUCAGCGAUGCCACUAAUGUAGCUACGAGAGUCCCCUCCUUCUCCUCCUCUCGACUCCCAUGGCUGAUCAGCCAGUUGUUUUAAGAAUGGAGAAGGAUGCAUUCUCAGCGAAGAAGGACUUGGGGAUGAUUAAACAUCUGACCAGAACCUGCAACUGUCAUAGACCGUCUCCCUUUUAAAAAGUAGGCUUCCGAGUCCAAUGAAGAUUUUUGGGUUGGUUUCAACGAUUGCUGUACCAAAAGUUUGUUCUCUCUCCCUGUCAAAUGGUUUGAUUGUCGACGCUCACAGAUGUAACAAGAAUGAAGACACACAAACACACAUGCACACACCCAGCCGUUAAAUGAAAUUAAAUGACGCUGCAACCCAGUGUUUUCCUCUUGGUUUUCUUCAAAUAGCAUUA